UGAGUAAUGCUCUGGCACGCUUACAAAAAUCAAAUCCAUUGAUGAAAAAUCUUAAUAUAUAUUAGUACAAGUAGUACCUUAUAUGUCAUUGUUAAAUUAGUUGAUAAACAAAAUGGAGGCUCUACGACGUCGUUUGAAAACCACCGGAGCUCCUCCUCUCCACAAGGCGGAGCUCUCCCGACUCACCAUCCCUAACCGAAUCUUCGCGGCGGUUUACGCCUCCGCCGUCGUCACAUUACUCUAUCACCACGCUGUAACACUAGCGUCACUCCUCUUCCAUUACUCUACAACCACUAAGAUCUCCUCGUUGUUCAUUUCCACCGCCUUUCUCGUAUCCGACGUCGUUUUGGCCAUCGUAUGGACCACAACGCAGUCGUUUCGAAUGCGUGCGAUCCACCGUCAGGAGUUCCCGGAGAAUAUCAAUAUUCUUCUCAAAAGCAAAGAGUGCGAGGAGGAAGAGUUUCCGGCGAUCGACGUGUUCGUGUGCACGGCGGAUCCGUACAAGGAGCCGCCUAUGAACGUGGUGAACACGGCGCUCUCGGUCAUGGCGUUCGACUACCCGGCGGGGAAGGUUUCGGUUUAUAUUUCCGACGACGGUGGCUCCGCUUUGACUCUCUUUGCUUUCAUGGAGGCUGCUAAGUUUGCUGUUCACUGGUUGCCGUUUUGUAGGGAAAACGACGUCGUUGAUAGGUGUCCCGAGGCCUACUUUGCUGCUGCCAACCUUUCUUCUUCUUCUUCUUCUUCAGACAUUGAGAGGAUUAAGACCAUGUACGAAAGCAUGAAAGUGAGAGUUGAAAAUGUGGUUGAGAGGGGAAAAGUUGGUGAUGAGAACAUUACCGGAGAAGAUGAACGAUUGGCUUUCAACAAAUGGACGGAUGGAUUUACACGACAAGACCAUCCUACAGUCAUCCAGGUAAUAUUGCAUAACAUUAAAGAUAAGGAUACUUCGGGUCAUGCAAUGCCAAAUCUCAUAUACGUUGCUCGAGAGAAAAGAAGAACAUCAGCUCACCACUUCAAAGCAGGUGCCCUUAAUGCCCUAAUUCGAGUAUCAGCCACCUUGACCAACUCUCCAAUAAUCCUGACCCUUGAUUGUGACACGUACUCCAACGAUCCCCAAACCCCUAUACGAGUUCUAUGUUACUUAUUAGACCCAGAAAUUGAAUCCCAAGUUGGUUACAUUCAAUUUCCUCAACGAUUUCGUGGGAUCAACAAGGAUGACAUUUAUGGUUGUGAACAUAAAAGAUUAUACACCAUUAAUCCACUUGGAAUGGAUGGGCUUUUAGGCCCAAAUUAUGUGGGAACUGGAUGCUUCUUUAGAAGGCGAGUGUUCUUUGGGGGCCCAUCAAAUCUUGUGUUACCAGAGAUGAAUGAGCUAAGCCCAAAUACAGUUAUCAACAAGCCUAAAUGCUCUGAGCAGGCACUAGAUUUGGCUCACCAUGUUGCUGGUUGUAAUUACGAGGACAGAACCCAAUGGGGCUACAAGGUGGGUGUAAGAUAUGGAACAACAUCAGAGGACAUUUUCACAAGUUAUCUUGUACAAUGUGAGGGAUGGAAAGGCAUUUUUUGCAAUCCAAACAAGGCAGCAUUUUAUGGGGAUUCCCCAAUCAACCUUUUUGAUGUGUUGAGCCAGCAAAAACGAUGGGCCACAGGCUUACUUGAGAUCCUUUUUUGUAAAUAUUGUCCAUUCACAUUCGGCACCAAACAUAUUGGCAUUCUCAUGAGCUUUACAUAUGGUCAUAAUACAUUAUGGCCUAUUUGGUCAAUUCCAAUUACCAUAUAUGCAUUUCUGCCUCAACUUGCUCUCCUCAAUGGAAUCAAUGUCUUUCCAAAGGUUUCAGAGCCAUGGUUUAUUUUAUACCUAUUCCUAUUAUUUGGAGCAUAUGGUCAAGACCUCUUGGACUUCAUCAUAUAUGGAGGAACAUUCCAAAGAUGGUGGAACGAUCAAAGAAUGUGGAUGAUAAGGGGUCUCUCUUGUUUUCUCUUUGGUUUAGUCGAACACACUGUGAAAUCCUUAGGGUUUUCCUCGAUGAACUUCAACGUAACAAGCAAAAUAAUCAACACUGAACAGAGCAAAAGAUAUGAAAAAGGCGUCUUCGAGUUUGGACAUCAUUCUCCAAUGUUUGUGACACUGAUAAUGGUUGCAAUAAUCAACUUGGUUGCUCUAGUUUGGGGUAUCAAGCUUGUACUUUUAGGGGGCAAAGUUGUGUUUGAGGAGCUUUUCAUGCAAGUGAUUAUUGCAGCCUUUGCAGUGGUGAAUUGCAUGCCUAUUUAUGGUGCCAUGUUUUUUAGGUGUAGUGAUAAAGGAGGUGUUCCUACUAAAACCACUUUGCUUUCAACAUUUUUAGUCUCUUGUCUCUUUGUAAUAACUUUAGUUGCUUUGAAGAACUGAAAAGUGACCUCAAGGUAAUUGAUUUUGAGCGGAUAAUCACUUUACUCUUUGGAUGAAUUGAGAAUAGAGGAAAGAGUGUUGCUAUUUGACAGCUUAAGAUGUCCAACACCACAUGAGAUGACACCCUAUGAUUGAUUAAUACUUAUUAAAUUCAAAUAAGUAGGACUCAAUAUUGGAUUGCGUCAAUAGCGGUAUGUCACCUUCUUGUGGUGUUGGGCAUCAAAAUGUAGACAUCAUUUUGUGUUUUGAAUUCUCCUUGUAACUUAUAAAAUAUAUAAUAAGAAAAAGUCUUACAUUAAA